AAAAAAUGGCGGCAAAAGUAAUAGGCGGGAAUUGCAGUGAUCGAGUGCGUUGCAUGCAAUCGUUUGUGAUUAGAAAAUAAUUAUUUAUUUAUGAUAUAAUUAAUUAAAAAUGAAGAAGUCUAAUUUAUUUCAGAAAAAGGUCUCAAAGAGUCCAAUUGCAAAUAAUUCACAAACAAAAAUUAAUUCAUUUUUCUCAAGGACAUGUGAAUUUGAUAAAAGUAAAAAUAUUCAAAAUGAAGAUGUACUUCCAGAGGUUGAAAUAAUAAACAAUCCUUCUAGUGACAAUGCUACUAAAAAAAGAAAGAGAUCUGACAAUUUAGAUUCAGGAUCGAAUUCAAAAAUGAAAAGUACUUCUUUUAUUGACAUCGAUCAGUCCUUUUUUAACAACAAUGUUAAAAUCAUAGAAGCGAACAAAGAAAAGAAUAUGGUCUCUAAGGAAUGCAGUAAUAAUUCAUUAAAUAUAUCUAAGGAAACAAUAAACGUAUUAAGUAAUUCAUUAAGUCAAUCAGAAUGUAUUACGAAUGAUAUUAUUGUCAUCAAUAACGAAGAAACGAUUUUAAGUCAUUGUCAUAAUACAAAAAAAAAUGAUCAAAAAUGUAAGCUUAGUACAAAUAGUAUAGAUAUCAUAGAAUCCAGUGAAAUUUUCAAUGACAUAGAUGACUGUGAUGAAAUAAAUGCAGAAGAUCUAGAUGAAAUAUUUGAUUGUGAUUGGAAUAUAGAUUCGCAAAUAAAUCUAAAUUCUUUUGAACGAUGUGAUGUUAUCGAUCUGCAAAAAAAUUCAAAAUCUAUGAUUCUAAAAGUACAACAACAUACAAAUCUAAAAACUUUUGCAACGGUAACAUGUUCAGGAUUUUGGAAAGAUGUGCAGAUUAAAGAAGGUGAUAUUGUAAUGAUACAAGCCAAAAAAGAAUUACAGAAUUGGAUUGUGGAUAAUGAUCACGGUUAUAUUAUCAUACAACCUGACACAUUAAUUUCUAGUACAACUGUUGUCGGAGGUUUAUUUUGUAACAGACGAGCAGUAUUAAGUCAAAUGUUUAGAAAAAUAGAAUCUUUACCACAUUUAACAUCUAGUCAAACAGUAUUAACAAUUGGAAAAAUAGUUCAUAAACUUUUACAAAAGAGUUUAACUGAAAAUAUUUAUAAACUGUCUGAUAUUACGAAGAUGGCAGAAGAUGAGUUGCAGUCAAAAGAUACAAUAUUUAUGCUGUACAGUACUCAAUCUUCGUUUGAAAAAUGUAAAGAAGAGGUAUUUUCAUAUGUACCAAAAAUAUCAGAAUUUAUUCAACAUUAUGUUCAUGGUACAAAACAGCAAGCGAUAAGUAACGAAAAAAAUAAUUUCAAAGGCAAAAUCUCCGAGAUAUGCGAUAUCGAAGAAAAUAUAUGGUUACCUAAACUUGGAAUCAAGGGAAAAGUUGACAUAACGGUUGAAGUCAAAAUUAAUUCCCGCAAAAAAGUAAUGCCUAUUGAAAUAAAGACAGGAAGACCGUCUUUCUCUCUAGAACAUAGAGGUCAAGUUAUUCUAUAUAUUAUGAUGAUGGCUCUUACUGGCCAAGACACGGACAGUGGAUUGUUAUUAUAUCUUAGAGAUAACAGUAUACGUGAGAUUAAUUGCGGUCGUGCCGAAAAAAGAGAUCUUAUUUUAUUAAGAAAUACUCUGGCUGAUUAUUUCACUAAAACAAAAAACAUAAUCUUUUCUUCUGACUUAGAAGAUGCAUUGAAACCUAUGCCAUUACCGGAACCUAUAAAUUAUUAUAAUAGUUGUCUUAAAUGUCCUUAUAAUAAUUUAUGCUGUGCAUAUUUGACAAAGGAUGAUACCUUACAAUUGUCCGAUUCUCAUGGUAUAGUUAAACUCAGUAAAGAAAUUUUAAAUGAAUUUGAAAAUAAUCAUAUAGAUUUUAUCUUAAAAUGGGUAUCUCUUUUACAAAUGGAAGAAAGCAUGCAAUCCGAACAAUAUAUUAUGAAAGACAUAUGGACUUUAACACCAGAAAAAAGAGAAAUGAAAGGAAAAUGUAUUAGCAAUUUAAAAGUGAUUGGUAAAGUUACAGAACAAUAUGACAAAUAUAAACAUUUAUUUGUUCGCACAAAUGGAGAAGCUAUAAGUACUAAAAGUAUUUGCACAGAAUUUGUACAAAAUGAAUAUAUUAUUGUAAGUACAGAUACACGAAUAAAUAUAUCAUCUGGUUUUAUAAUACAAAUAAAAAAAGAUGCAAUUACUGUUCUUUUAAACAGUGACAUUACGAAACGUAAUGCAAUUGGAAACUUUCAUAUCGAUAAGUAUGCUUCCACAAAUUUUUUUUUAACUCUAUUUGCAAAUAUUGGAGGCUUGUUAUACGAUAAUGAAGUAUGCAGAAAAUUACGAAGUAUUAUUAUAGAUAGAAAACCAGCAACGUUUCUUGCACAGUUACCACGUUCAAUUAUAUUUAAAAUUGCAACGAUAUUACAAAGUUUAAACGAAGUUCAACAAAAAGCAAUUCUUAAAUGCUUGGCUGCCAACGAAUAUGUUUUAAUAAAAGGCAUGCCAGGAACAGGAAAAACAGAGACAGUUGUGACCUUGAUAGAAGUCCUAUUUAAAUUGGGCUUCUCAAUAAUAGUGACAUCGCACACUCAUAACGCAGUAGAUAAUAUUCUCCUGAAAUUACUACAUAAAAAUAUAGAUUUUAUACGGUUAGGAUCAUCACAUAUAAUACAUCCAUUAUUAAAAAAUAAAAGUGAAGAAUAUUUAACAUCAAACUGCACGUCAAUCGAAGAAUUAGAAUCAGUAUAUGCAAAUAAGAAUAUUGUAGGAGUUACUUGUUUUGGAGCUCAUCAUGUACUCUUUGAAAAAAGGACAUUCGAUGUGUGUAUUGUCGAUGAAAGCACUCAGGUAACGCAAGCAGCAAUUUUAGGUCCAUUAUACUAUGCAAAUAAGUUUAUUCUAGUAGGAGAUCCCAAUCAAUUACCUCCUGUUAUUAAAAGCAAAACAGCUAGAAACCUUGGUGCAGCAGAGUCUUUGUUUGAGAGAUUAGAUUCAGAAAAUAAUACCGUUGCUUUAACAGUACAGUAUAGAAUGAACAAAAGUAUUAUGAAUUUAAUUAACAAGUUAACAUAUAAUGAUGAGUUAAAGGCAGGCAAUGAAUCGAUAGAAAAUGCAACGUUUAUAUCACCAAAUACGAGGAUACCAUCGUCGAAUGAAAGAUGGGUAAGAGCAGUAUUAUCUCCUGCAUUAGACGAUUCUGUAAUUAUAUUAGAUACAGGCUGUACUCAAGACAUAACUAUAGAUUUUAUUCAUAAACAAGAAAAUAUUACGACCGAUCAAGUGUGUUCUAAUAUUUGGGAAGCAGCUUUAAUUUUAUAUCUGGUUAAAGCUCUAUCUCAGAUCGGCAUAACCUCUGAACAAAUUGGUAUAAUUGCAGCUUAUAAAGCACAAGUUGUUUUAAUAAAAAAUUUGAUAAAUUCAGAAAUAGAAGUAAAUACCGUGGAUCAAUAUCAAGGACGUGAUAAGAAUAUUAUUUUCUAUUCGUGUGCAAAAAGUAUCAAAAAGAAAUUUGACAAAAUGCAGGAUACUGGGAUAUUAGAAGACCAACGACGUUUAACCGUAGCUGUUACACGUGCAAAACAUAAAUUAAUUAUUAUUGCAGAUAAAAACACUAUAAGCCAAUAUACGCCAUUUAUGAAACUUUUUAAUAUAAUCCAAGUAAAAAAUAUAAUCAAUGUGAAUGAUGCUUCUUAUGACUUUACUUGGGAAUCAAUCGCCGAAUCGUUAAAGGAAAAUAUGUGUGGAUAAAAAGUUGAAUGAAUCUAAUAUUAUUAUAUUAAUAAGUAUCGCAUGAUGAAUGGAAUUUUACAAAGAUAAUAUUAAUAUUUUUUAUACAACAGUUUUUAUAUCUUAACAUAGAAGAUUGUGAUAUAAUUAUUAAUGUUUCUUAUAAAAUAUCAACGUUUUUAUGUUACGACUUGACAUUUAUAAUGGAUGAUAAUAAAAAAGACCAUUUAUUUCUUUUUGCUUCUUACGUAUUACAUAAAACUCCAUUUAAAUAUUCAAACGCGUCGUUUUCUUUUUUGUCGAGUGUUGUAUUGAACCUCGAGACAGUUGAUUGGUCGUUGGUUCGAUCAGCACAAAAUCGAUAUAUCGAUGAUACGUAUAC